CUAUCAUUGGUGACAACAUUUUACUAUUAAAUUUUUCAGAUAAAUUUCUGUACUUGUAAAGAAGGAAUAUUGACUAUCAUGGUUUCAUUAUUUACGUCAAUGCUAUCGCCUCAGUUAAAAGAAAAGCUUGGAAUACGACCCAGAACCAAUAACGAGAUUAAACCUCUCUCUCCGCACAAUAAAUCUUUAAAUUCUUCUAAUAUACCCAGACUACCCACAGAGCUGGCCACAGAGGUUCAAAGUCCUGGGUUCGCUUCCCGUCUCUCUAGUCUAGUUCGUGAGGAGCAGGGGAAUGAAAGAUUAUCUCCAAGAUUCAGUUUCGCUGGCUCAAUGCCAAAGGUUUCCUUUAAGAGUAGAACACAGCCGAGACUAACUUCAAGAAACAGUUCUAAGGUUGGUCGAAGCCGUGUAACCGUAAGGAUAGCUCCGGCGGAACCAUUCAGUCCGUUUAAACGUAGAAUCAGCUCUGAAUCUCAAGGCAGGGGUAGAAGGAAGGACGGAGAAGAUGAAAAGAGAAGUUCUUCAACCGACCCAAGAUCUGUUAUUGCUGUACUAGCCGAACUUUCUGGAAAACGAAAUCGAAGAUCAAGUGACGAACAUUCAGAAGAUGGUAGUAAAAGAGCUCGACGUGACUCCUCCUCCUCUCUGGGUUCCUCCCUGAGUAUGGAGAUGCCUCCGUUGUUCUCCUCCGGAGUUGUUGGACAGACAACCAGUCAUCUUGUAUCCAGGGAGGCAGAUUUAUCAUUGGGAAACCUUCUCUCCAGGAACCAAUCCGUCUUCGGACAUCAAGCUCCAGGACCCCCAUCCCAGUCUGCUGGGUUAACCUCGACCAAGAGUAGAGCUGUCAACGCCGAGCUCCUGGCUAGUCUCUCCUCCUCCAGGUGUAUGCUGAAGCGGGCCCGGGACUCGGAAUCGGACUCUGAGGAUUCGGAGAGGGAGUCCGAAACUCCGAAACCUAAAAAGCAGAACGUGUUCCAGUCUCCGGACAGGGAAAAGGAAAGAAAGAAUUCUUCAUCUCGAAAAAGCAGAAGAAAGUCUAGUGAGGGUAGUCCUAAUACAACACUGACUGAAAAACAGGAGAAUAUCUCCUCUACUCCUAAUGUCCAAGGAUCUCGGCAAGUUAUUCCAACUCCAGAGAAACCAGACCUUACUCCGGGUAAGAAGAACAGCACAGAGAAGGCUAGGAUGGUGACCAAGGAGGAUCUAGACCUGGAUAGAAAACUGCAGAGGAAAAGACUGGAUAAGUUACUUGCCGUAUUCGGGGAUGAGAUCAAAGGUCCUGAGGAGAAGGAAAAAGAGGUUAUAGAACCGGAGACAGUUUCUAAACCUGGAGGAUUUCCGUUCGAGUUUGGUUCAAAGGAUGGCGGAGAAAAACAGGCUCAGAACGAUGCCCCUGGGUUUACGCAUACAUUUGGAGCUAAACCCAGUUCAGGAGAGAAGGAGAAAACUCCAACUGUAACCUUCUCUCUAUCCACGGAGAAGGGUGGAGUACCUCCACUUCAGUCAAGCGACAGUUCUAGCACUGUUAUACUAGAGGAUUCAACUCCACGGGACGAAUCUGCCCCGGGUUCUGUUAAACCUGUUCUCUCCACACCCCAACCCUCGUCGGAAUUUAGUAUAGGAGCAAAGGAACCCGGCUCAUCUUCUGGAAUAUUAAAAAAUAAACCUUCUGGGACAGCAGAGAAUAAUCCGGGUUUUAAGGUCGGAGCUACAUCAGCAGAUUCGAAGGCUGAACCUCCGGUUAGUGUUCCAGGUUCAACUGUUCCUAGUUCUGAAUCUAGUAAACCACCACCUCCAGCUUUCAGCUUUGGUUCUACUGCUACGGAAACUAAGUCUUCUGCUGAAAAGGCAAGUCCGGAAGAAUUUUCUUUUGGAAAAUCUGGAGCUUCUGAUAGUCCAGCUGCUUCUUCAGCUCUUCCAGCGUACAGCAGCUUCUCUGCUCCGAGUGCAGCUCCUCCAGCUUACAGCUCAGUAGCGUCUUUGAACACAACAACAGUUGCUGCUGCUCCAACCUUCCAGUUUGGAGCUACUACUGGAGUUGCGAUUACAAGUACUCAUGCUACUGGAGCUACUGGAGCUGUGGAGAAACCUAUUUUCAGUUUUGGAGUAGGAGGAGUAGGUACAACAACAGGGACUGGAGCAGGUAGUACAACAACAAAUGUAUCUUCUGUUUUAUCAAGUUCCACUUCUGAAGCCCCUUCAGCAUUCCCAUUUGGACAGGGUAAUCCAGCAUCUGUAGCUUUCACAUUCGGAGCUCCUGCUGCUCCUUCAGCUGAAAAACCAUCAGCAGCUGCAGCAGCUCCCUCCUUCUCUUUCGGAAUUUCUAAUCCUGUUGCUCCUUCAUCUUCUACAGCUCCUACGUUCCAGUUCGGAGCAGGGAAUACAUCCGGAACAGCUGCUCCUGCACCUGUUGCGGCCCCAGCGUUCCAGUUCGGAGCAGCUGCUACAUCUACACCAGCAGCUCCAGCAACUUCUGCUGCUCCGGUGUUUUCAUUUGGAGGAACUCCUUCCUCAGAAAAACUUGCUGCUCCUUCGUCAACAUUUGGAGCUGUUCCAACGACAGCAGCUGGAGCCAAUACUUCCUUUCAAUUUGGCAAUGCUGCUCCAACCACGUCAACUCCAGCUGCUCCCGCUGCUACAUUUCAGUUUGGUAAAACUGCUGAUGCAAAACCUGGAUUCAGCUUUGGUGGUUCUGGAACCAAACCUGCGGAUAAGCCUAGUUCAACGUUCUCAUUUGGGUCUAACACAACAGCGCCAGGUUCCGUUUUCGGGGGAAAUGCAGGCGCUUCAACUUUUGGCGGGUCAAUUACUCAGCCCUCAUCAACAUUUGCCGGUUCUACAGCACAACCCGCCUCAGCAUUCGGGGGCUCUUCUACCAACCUUAAUUCUACGUUUAGUGGCUCCUCUACUCAAAUUGCAUCUACAUUCGGUGGUGCAGCAACCAAUACUGCUUCAGCUUUUGGUGCCCCUCCUACAACUCAAGCAAGCCUUUUCGGUAAUGCCGCUCCAGCAUUCGGUGCGACCUCCAGUGCUUCAGCUGCUCCUACUUUUUCUUUUGGUAAAUCGGAUGCUUCCAAACCAGUAGCUGCCGCCACUCCGUUCAGUUUUGGAGCGACAGCGCCGCCAAAACCUGAAGUAGCCGGUGGUGUAUUUUCUUUUGGAACUACGGCUCCCAAACCUGCAUCUACCUUUGCCUUUGGAGGUACAGCUGCCAGCCCUGUUGCUCCUGCAGCAGCAGCUCCUGCCCCCGGAGGAGCGUUCCAGUUUGGAGGAUCCGCUACCAGUCAACCUCAACAGCCUCAGCAGCAAUCGGGAGCUUUCAGUUUCGGAGCUUCUGCAACACAACCGCAGUCGUCCGUUUUCUCUUUCGGAUCUUCUUCAGCAGCAUCUCCUCCUAAUGCAAACCCAUUUGGAGCUGCUGCCCAACCUACUGCUUCUACAUUUGGAGCUCCUGCCCCCACUUUUGGUUCAGCUGCUCCUGUUAACCCAGCCUUUGGAGCCACAAGUCCAAACACUUUUGGAGCUCCAGCACCAAGCUUUGGUGCUCCAGCACCGAGCUUUGGAGCUCCUGCGCCAACAUUUGGAGCCCCGGCUCCCAGUUUUGGAGCUCCAGUUCCUAGUUUCGGAGCUCCUGCCCCUAGUUUUGGAGCUCCUGCUCCUGCCUUUGGAGCCCCUGCUCCAGCUGCCGGAAAUAUGUUCUCAAUUGGAACUGGAAGUAAUCAGCAGAGACCGGGAACAGCACCAAGGAAGUAUGCAACAGCUAGAAGAAGUAGGAAGUAAUAAGACUCAAGAGGAUUCACCAGGCUCAGAAAACCAUCUGAAAUAGUUUCAAUCUUAUUUUUAGAAUUAUGUCGAGUGAAAAUUUACGUAUUAGUAUUGUUUGAAAAGCAUGUCUGAUCAUUGUUUAUGUGACUUCAAAUUGUUUUGUUUUUUACACCUGAUAUACACUAGUUAGAUGUUAUAAACAUUUAACAACCUGAUAUACACUAGUUAGAUGGUAUAAACAUUUAACAACCUGCAACAUCAAACAAGAGGACUGGACUAUUUUAUAAAAGUAGUCAAGUUUUGAAUUAAUGUCCAUUCCUCUUCAUUUCUAUAUAAUACUAAUGGAAUUCAUUUAAUCAUCGUUGUUUUUAAGUCUAUUUAAUUUUUAAUCUAAGAUAUGCUUGCUUGUAGAUUUAAUCAAUAUUUUAGUUAAAUAUAUUAAACUUUAGUU